ACGUGGUAGUCUUCAGUGUAUUGUAAUAGAUGCACACGUGCAAAAUAUUCCUCCUUCGCGCGUAUGACGAUAUUCACAUUGAUUGAGUCCUUACGGUUGACGUUUUGAGAAAAAAAAUUUAGUUUUGAAGAGAAUCUCUUAAUAUAUCAUUGUCUGAAUUCGAAAUCCAAAAACAGACACGAUGCUGAGUAAAACGAGAUUAUUGCGCAACGUCGGCGUUUUGAGACAUUGCCUCGCUGCAAAUUCAGAAUUAGGAAAUAAUGGAUUUUCUGCAGUGCAAGUCAGGGAAAAGGGCACCACGCCAAUGAACACAGUUUUGAUGUUUGUACCACAGCAAGAGGCGUGGGUUGUAGAAAGAAUGGGAAAGUUUCACAGAAUAUUAGAUCCUGGACUAAAUGUACUUAUUCCUAUUAUUGAUUCAGUUAAAUAUGUUCAGAGUCUCAAAGAAAUAGCAAUUGAUGUUCCCAAACAAAGUGCCAUAACAGCAGAUAAUGUAACAUUAAAUAUUGAUGGAGUACUGUACUUGAAGAUUAAUAAUCCAUACCUUGCAUCUUAUGGAGUGGAAGAUCCUGAAUUUGCCAUUAUUCAGUUAGCCCAAACCACUAUGAGAUCAGAACUAGGAAAAAUAUCUUUAGAUAAAGUAUUCCAAGAGAGAGUAGGUCUUAACGUUAGUAUUGUAGAAAGUAUUAACAAGGCUAGUGAAGCUUGGGGUAUAUCUUGUCUUCGUUAUGAAAUUCGUGAUAUUAGAUUACCUGAAAGAGUUCACGAAGCUAUGCAAAUGCAAGUAGAAGCUGAAAGAAAGAAGCGUGCUGCCAUUCUUGAAUCCGAAGGUAUAAGAGAAGCUGACAUUAACAUAGCAGAGGGUAAAAGAAUAGCUAGAAUUCUAGGAUCAGAGGCUGAAAAGCAAGAACAGAUUAAUAAGGCUAAUGGUGAAGCAGAAGCUAUGUUGGCAGUAGCAUCAGCUCGAUCAAAAGGAUUACAAAUGGUUGCAUCAGCUUUGGGAGUUUCAGAAGGAAAAAAUGCAGCUUCUUUGGCUGUUGCAGAGCAAUACAUCCAUGCAUUUGAUAAACUGGCAAAAACAAAUAAUACUAUUAUUAUUCCUAAAAAUGUUGGGGAUAUCAGUAGCUUUGUAGCACAAGCAAUGUCCAUUUACAAGCAUGUUUCACCUCAAGUUGGAGCACAACAAUUACAAGACAGUACUAGCCAGGAAGUAGAAUCUUGGGACUCGAAUCGGUCACAAAAUGCAGAAGCUUCAGAUGAUAGUUAUGAAUACUUCAGUGACAAAGACGAAGCUGAAGAUUACAAAAAAAAGAAUAAAAGCAAAAGUAUGCCUAAACCAACGUAAGACCUUGUUAUGAUACUUCCACAUAAAGUUCUAAGACAGUUUUAUAUUUUACAAAUGAUAGGUGAUAAAUUUUUGGAAAAUGGUUAAGCACAUUGAAUGUUA